AUGGAAAACCUUGCCAUUGAGACAGUUUGGUACAAUGACUUCAAAAAGGAAUUGCCCAGUGCUGAAGGCAAAGUGUUUGUCAUCACAGGCACCACCUCUGGCACAGGAUACGUUGCCGCCCGCACUGCUGCUGAAAAGGGAGGUGAGGUUCUUCUAUUGAAUCGAAGCUCUGACCGUGCCACCAAGUCUUUGGCCAAAUUGAAGGAAGAAGUCCCCGAUGGCAAGUUUGUGCCCAUUGAAUGUGACCUCCAGAGUUUUGAGAGUGCCCGGAAGGCUGCAGCGGAAAUCAAGAGCAAAUACACUUCUCUUUAUUGUGUCUGCUGGAAUGCUGGCAUCAUGGGCACGCCAGAUCAAGCCACGGUGGAUGGAUAUGACACUCAAAUGCAAACCAAUCAUCUUUCCCAUUUUCUUCUGACCGCAGAGCUGUUGCCACUGCUAGAAAAACAAGGGGGGGAUGCUCGCAUUGUCAAUCAUUCCAGUGGUGGUCGUCACAUGACGCCCAACAAGUGCCUGGAACGCAAGUAUUUUGAGAAAAAUGGUGGCAAUUUGGGUGGAUCUGAAGUGGAAUUAGGAAAGAUUUCUGGACCCCCCUUCCUGAGGUACUUUCAAACCAAGUUGGCCAAUGCUGUCUUCACCAAAGCGCUCCAUGAAAAACUGCAAGCCAAAAAGAGCCCAAUUCUGGCAAUUUGUGCGGAUCCUGGCUUUUCUGCCACUGACCUGACCAACCAUUUUGGUGGUGGUGGCGAUGACUUUCUGAAAGGACAUGCCGAAAGGGUGCAAACUCCUGAAGACGGAGCGAUGGGCAUUCUCAAGGGAAUGAUGGAUCCCGAUGUUCAAUCGGGGGUCCAUUAUGGGCCUGCCGGAAGCAAGGGACCUGCUGUUAUCAACCCGGAAAGGCCAUAUGAAGUGGACCCCGAAGGAAUCAAGAUGCUCUGGGAAACCAGUCAAGCUGCCACUGGGGUUGUCUUUGAGAUUUGAUUGAAAUGACAAUUAUCUAUGAUAUUUAUGGUUGCAGAAAGGGUUGGAUGUGUUGAGUCGGCAACAGCCGAUCGAUGGGUUUCGUUGACUUGACUCUUUGGUUCGGGAGAUGAAGCUGGAUCCUCUAAUUCACAGUUUUGACCAGAUAAGACUACUAGUAUUAAAUAAGUGACGUGCCGUUGAUAGCCUGCACCCGGACACAGCC